UUUUAAUUUUCUUUGCUUCUUAAUGAGACAAAUAUUCAAACUUAUAGACAUUGAUAGCUCAUGAAACAAUGUCAUGUGUAUGUUCUCUUCUAAAAUGUUCAUAUUUUCUUCACUUCAUCACUUUGUAAAAACACCCUUACGUUUAGCUUUGAGUUUGUUUUGAUCGGAUCAGUUAGUUACUUCCUUUGUUCCUUCAGGCAAGUGACUGAACUCGAUAUAUUUAAUUUCAUUUCGAUCAACAACGGUUAGAGGUAUGUCUGAAUGACUUUUUCUUUGAUUGGUGUAAAGUAAAUUAUAAUUUUCUUCAAAUUUCAUCGAUUUUGACAAGAAAAAGCGAGAAAAUGGCACACUUACCACCAAGAGCGCCUAACAUGACACAAAAUUGGCCUGAUUUUUCGCUUCAUCAAAAAAUGGAAAACUUAGCUCCGUCCGCUCAUAAUUUAUGGGCGGACGAAUUCCUCGACAUGUCGUCGAGGCGUGGGUCCCACCGAAGAUCAAUGAGCGACUCCAUUGCUUUUCUGGAGUCGCCCAUGGUUGAAGAAUGCCGGAGGCUAUCCAGUACUACUCCGGGAUCCGGUGGGACCACUAACGGUCACGACGAAUUCGAGAGAUUCGAUGACGAACAACAGAUCAUGUCCAUGUUUAACGAUGACGUCCACGAUAUGUCGUGUUCCAACCCGUCAUCACCGUCCGAUUACAUCAACGUUAAUGAAGAUAAAAAGAUGAACGGCCCUGAUCAAAUGAUGAUGCAGCUUAAGAGUGAUCAAAAUGAGGAAGUUGAAAGCUCAUGCAAGACUAAUGAGGAAUUAGCCACAGCUAAUCAAAAUGCAAGUACUAAUAAUAAUGAAUAUUCUUCUGAAAGAGUUGUUGAUCCCAAGAGAAUCAAAAGGAUAUUAGCAAAUAGACAAUCCGCGCAAAGGUCAAGGGUGAGGAAACUACAGUACGUAUCAGAGCUCGAACGUAGUGUUACCACUCUUCAAGCUGAAGUUUCUGUACUGUCACCAAGAGUUGCAUUUUUGGACCAUCAACGUUUAUUGCUAAAUGUUGACAAUAGUGCCCUCAGGCAAAAAAUUGCUGCUCUUGCCCAAGAUAAAUUGUUUAAAGAUGCUCAUCAAGAAGCAUUGAAAGUGGAAAUAGAGAGGUUGAGGCAAAUUUAUUACCAACAAAACAUGAAGCAGCAAAUGGACAACAACAACACUACACCACUUGCUGAUUCCACUAGUACUCCUCCAGAGAUCAAAGUACAACUUAGUGUCAAUUAGGAAAAUUAGACUAUGUGAUGGCAUUUAGCAAAUUCAUGUGGGAAAAUCUCCUUUAUCUGACAAGAUAAGAUCACUGAAUUGAUCUCUCACAUUUUAUGGGACCAUAAAAAUCUUAUUUUAUUAUUUAGUCAAUGUUUUUUUUUAAUGUUUCAAUUCAUUUUAAUUCCUUCAACCACAUAUAUACAAGAAAUGUUGUAUUAUUGGAAGGGUAAUAGUGGAAUUUUUAUUGGAAUGUAUGAGAGAAGGAAAUUUUAAUUGAUUUUCACUAAUUGUCAAAGAGAGAAUUUGAAAAAA